UCACCCCAAAUGGAAACCCGUACCCACUAUGCAGUCCCAGCACACCCUGGCCCACUGCAGACCCCUCCCACCUAUCUCAGGCCCGGGUGGCAGCUGCCUGGCCGUCUGGCGCAGGCAGGCGAGGGCACCUGGCGGCCAGCAGGUUCCUGGGAGCCAGCUGCCGCUGAGCAAACAGCCUGGGAGGGAUAGAGUGUCCACAGCGGGAGGCGACAGCCCUCCGCUCCUCCCCUGCUCCUCAGCCCCUCCCUGCCGCAGGGAGCUCAGGUGGGCCACCCCAGAGGUGAGGCGGUGGCCACCCCUCCCCGGGCCUGGUACAGUCUCCAGAUAGCGGCCUUGCCCCACCCCCACUGGGGCCGCCAGUGGGGCCACGUGGCCACAGGAAUGACCAGCAAGGCUUUCCUGGAGGCCGGGCCUCCCAGAGGUAGGCCAGGAGCUUCCUGCCUGAGAGAUGACUAAUGCCUCAGGGCUCCUGGGAACAGCCAGCGCCCCCCUGGUGUGGGCAACCUGGCUGCAGCCCAGCCCCCUGGCGGCCAUGCCCACCGUGCCCAUGGGGCGGCAGGUGGACCACGUGGCGAAUGGCUCCCAGGACACCUCCCGGCUCUUCCUUACCACCGCACUGGCCCGCGGCAUCUCGGGUAUCUUCGUGUGGACCGCCCUGGUCCUUACCUGCCACCAGAUCUACCUGCACCUGCGCUCCUACACCGUCCCCAACGAGCAGCGCUACAUCAUCCGCCUGCUCUUCAUUGUGCCCGUCUAUGCCUUCGACUCCUGGCUCAGCCUCCUCCUCCUGGGGGCCCACCAGCACUACAUCUACUUCGACUCUGUGCGGGACUGCUACGAGGCCUUUGUCAUUUACAGCUUCCUGAGCCUCUGUUUCCAGUACUUGGGGGGCGAGAGUGCCAUCAUGGCUGAGAUCCGGGGAAAGCCCAUCCGGUCCAGCUGCUUCUACGGCACCUGCUGCCUGCGCGGCAGGUCCUACUCCAUCGGGUUCCUGCGCUUCUGCAAGCAGGCCACGCUGCAGUUCUGCGUCGUGAAGCCUGUCAUGGCCUUGGUCACCAUCAUCCUGCAGGCGUUUGGCAAAUACCAUGAUGGGGACUUCAAUAUCCGCAGCGGCUACCUCUAUGUCACCCUCAUCUACAAUGUCUCCGUCAGCCUGGCCCUCUACGCCCUGUUCCUUUUCUACUUCGCCACCAGGGAGCUCCUGCAGCCCUUUGAGCCUGUCCUCAAGUUCUUCACCAUCAAGGCUGUCAUCUUCCUGUCUUUCUGGCAGGGGAUGCUGCUGGCCAUCCUGGAGAGGUGUGGGGUCAUCCCUGAGGUCCAGGUCAUCGAUGGGAGCAAAGUGGGGGCCGGCACGCUGGCCGCUGGCUACCAGAACUUCAUCAUCUGCAUCGAGAUGCUCUUUGCCUCCAUCGCCCUGCGCUAUGCCUUCACCUGCCAGGUGUACGCAGAGAAGAAAGAGAACUCUCCAGCCCCCACAGCCCCCAUGCAGAGCAUCUCCAGCGGCCUCAAGGAGACCAUGAGCCCCCAGGACAUCGUGCAGGAUGCAAUCCACAACUUCUCCCCUGCCUACCAGCACUAUACGCAGCAGGCCACACAUGAGGCCCCGGGGCACGGCCAGGGCGGGCACCCCUCGCCCGGCACCCACCCCGGCAUGGCAGGUGGCUCUAGUGGAGGCAGGAAGAGCCGCAACGUGGAGAAGAGGAUGCUGAUCCCUGACGAGGAGCUGUAGGAGGGAGGGCCUCAGGGUCACCAGCUGCCUGGCUGGGGACAGGCAGCUCAGGCCUCUGGGAGAGGACAGGGCCCGUCACUCCCCAACCCUCUUACCAAAGGUCAAGCCUCUCUUGGGAGCCCUCCUGCCAGGCCCAUGGAGCCCACCUCCCAUCCUCCCUCUGGCCGGU